AUGGGGAAAGUCAAGCAGUUCGACGGCUCAGGGAGCGGAUGGUCGACAUGGGAGUUUCACUGGAGAGCGUACAUGGAUCAGCUGGACGACGCCAAGAAUGCUACGAUGAACGUGGACGACGUAGACUGGGAGGACCUGAGCACACAGCUCUACUAUAUGCUGGUGCUCGCGAUGCCUGAAGACUCAGCGGGUGAGACCAAUAUGCGGAACGGCGAGUGUGCACCCAAUCAGCCUGGCAAUGUCGUGGCACGUCUGAGGCAGCUCAUGUCGACACAGUUUAUGACGAACGCGGACGUAGCCAACGAGAUCGAGAAGCUGGACCUGGAGAUCAGCAAGUCUGAGAAGGCCGCCGGGGAGCAGCUGACCGACAACAUCAAAAAGGGGAUCUUGCUCGGCGCGCACCAGAACGAACGCGACCUGCGGAAAGACGUCUUCCGCAAUCUGCGGAACCUAGUCACUUACCUCGACGUGAAGAACGAGGACGACUGCCGCAAGUUCAAGCGAGAGAACGAGGCCAAGGCGGAAGCGAAGAGGGAGGCCAAAGAUGAGAAGAAGCAGCGUCGCGCCAUGGCAUCGGCGCUGGCCGCAGGCCUCCUUGCAGAGCAGGGCACGAUCAAGCCGAAGUACAUCUUCGCCCUGACGGCGGAGCACUCGAGGCCGAGGGCGAGGUCGGCGGAGCUGAGUGGAUCAAGAACCAUCAAGCUCAGCUUCGUUUCUGCUGCAUUUGUUCCGCCUGGCAGGUACUUCUUGGAUCCCUCCGAGACGCGGGCUGCGGCGAUGCGCGCCCACGAGCCCGACAACGCGGCCUGCGCAAACUGCAGAGCGCCCAAGCCCGAGCACGUGUGCAUGGACUUCCGCGUCUUCGUCUGCAGGCAGUGCAGCGAGGUGCACGCAGAGUUCGGUCACAGGACCAUGAGCAUCGCCGACCCGGAAUGGGAGGAUUGCGACGUGGAUCUCAUGGCGAGGCAGGGCGGCAACAAGCGCGCCGCCGCGGAGUGGUUUGCGUUCUGGAACGCCAGCGAGUUCGCGAGGCCACAGGGGGACGACCAGCAGCGCCGGCGCGACUUUAUCAGGAAGGCCUACGUGGUGAAGUGCUGGCAGCGCCAGCCCAGGAAAAAGAGGCCGAAGCCGCCCAAGCUGGACGGCGCGGCCGCCUCGCUGCCCUUCGCGCCGGGCCCCGUGCCGCCCGCCCCGGGGGCCGCCCACAGCGGCGCCCGGACGUGCCGUCCCGGCCAGGCCCAGCGGGGCGUGCGCACGGACGCCGCUGCCCAGCGUCUCGAGCUGACGGCCUGGACCGCUCACUUCGGCACGCCGAGGGGCGGCGCCGGGGCCCCGGCCUGCGCGCCCGCGCCGGGCGGGCAGGACCCGAGGCGCCCGCGGGCGCGGCGGGCCUGGCCCCCGAGCGGCCGGCCCUGCCCACCGCCCCCUCGUGUCCGGCCUCGCCCGACGUCGCGGCGGAGAGCCCGCUGGAGUACGAGUGGUACGCGGCGGCCGGGACCGCUGACGACAGCACUCCUGAGGACGAGACAUCAGAAACCGCUGACCCCGCGGACCCGGCCGUGCUUGCAGCACGGCGGCGGCGCGGAAGGGCCAGGGGCCGCAGCCCGAUGUGGGGAGGCCGUGCCCGAGAAGCGCAGCACCUUGUCCUGGGGCGCCUUCGAGGACCGCUUCUCCGCGCUCGGGGCAGGCCUUGGUCGGAGGGACGACGUCGCCAGCCUGGAGCAGGACUCGGAGGGUGCCCUCGGAGUUUGGCGAGCUGGUGCAGAUGUUCCACGACAAGGCGCAGCAGUGGGAGCCCAGGGGCCCGCCGGCAGCCGCCGGGGGCGCCGCGGGCGGCCUGGGCUGGCUGUGAGGGCGGCGCCGCGGGGCGCACCCGUCCGUGCCAGCUCGAAGCCAAAAGUCGUAGUCGAUUUCUCGUUCUCGGAGGAACGCAAAACUAUUCCUAUUUCUCUUUCUCUAUCACGUCUUCUUGGGGUCUAUCACGAACGCCCUGACUGCGUGCCUCCGCCUUCUCAUUUCUAG